AUGGCUCAUUUGUCUCGACUCCUAUUCCUCUUCGCCUUCUUCCAGACAAUUUCAGGAGUACUUGCGAUUCCUUCCCCUGGUCAGAAGGCUCCCAACGGACCUGGAAAGAAGAAAAAGUGCAAGACUAUCCAUGUCCGGAAAGAAUGGAGGGACCUCACUGUGAAACAGCGCCUGGACUACAUUCGCGCUGUGAAGUGCCUUCAGGCGAAGCCUACCACCAUCGUUCGGGAAGGUGCCAGCUCACGAUUCGACGAGUUCCUCGCCAGUCAUGCCGACGACAUGGCAUGGAUUCAUGCGGUUGGCCAAUUCCUGCCUUGGCACCGUCAUUUUGUCACACUGUACAACAAUGCUUUGCGCGAUGAAUGCGGCUACAAGGGUCCAGCACCAUAUUGGGAUUGGAGUCGGGACGCUGAAUCAUCCAAACCAUUGGCCCAAUCCCCCGUCUUCGAUGCUGUUACAGGCUUUGGUGGUAAUGGCGUCCCAGGGACUUACACACCACCUCCCAACGUUCCCGAGUUCCCGGGUCCGGAUUGGCCAGAGGACAUCCCUCUCCCGGAAUUCCCUACAGGAUUACCUGGCUUCCCCGGAGGACCAACCGCCCAAGGGGGCUGCAUCGACACCGGUCCCUUUAAAGACAGGCCCAUCACCAUCGGACCCGCCAACCUCAACAUCCCCCGAUGCUUAACUCGCGCAUUCUACGACGACCUGUUGAAUAAUCUCGACAAGACGAGCGUCGACUGGGCUUUGGCGCAGAAGACGUAUGGCGAUUUCGAUGCUGCAAUCACCUUCCGUAGCCCCCCUCUUGAGCCUGGCGCUGGGAUCCAUGGUGCAGGCCAUGCUGUUGUUGGUGGCUUGAUGACUGAUGCGUGGGCUUCCCCGGGAGACCCAGUCUUCUACCUCCAUCACGCCAAUCUGGAUCGUGUUUGGGCAAAGUGGCAAUCGGCAGAUAAGAAAAACCGCCUUUAUCAAAUCGCUGGGUAUACCACGCAAUGGCCUCCUUACACGAAUGUUACGCUGGAUUUCGAGAUGGAGUUCAAGUACCUAGACGAGCCUUUGAAGGUGAAGGAGGUGAUGGACAUCGAGGCAUACCCUGAAUGCUAUAGAUACAAUGACUGA